CAAAUGCCAAAACAGGCUAAAUCCAAAAUUUAAAAAAGUUGAGAUAUUGAUGACAUUGAGUUCUGUAUUACCUAGGCUACAGAUUUGUCACUUCAAAAUGUUCCAAAACCAGUUAAAAACUGUUUAAAAUUAAUAUUUAAAAGUGAAGGUUGUUCCAAAAUCAGUUAUAUCCUAUAGCCAUUCGGUUCCAAAAACAGUCAUAUCUGCACAGAUGACAAUGUUCCAAAACCAGCUAUAUCAAACUACAAUAACUUACAAUGUUUCAUGUUUCUGUGUCAAAAUAAGUUAAAUCCCAAAAGACUUUUCCUAUAGGGAACUGCUGAUCAUUUUCCUUCUGAAUUAAUUGUUUAUUUUGUUGGCUAAUUUUAAAUUUCAAAGGCUAAAAUAGUGUUAUAAGAAGCAAUAGCACUCAAUUAUUUAACAUUAUUUUAAAAGCUCCUGAUUUGUUGUGUGUCAUAAACAUGGAGGCUGAACAUACAGGAGGUAUUUUAGAAGGUAGUGAAGGCGUUGGUAUUGAUAUUAUAAAUGCUGAAGUUGUAAUUGUUCAACAAGAAAAUGUCAAUAUAAUGGACAUAACAGUGGAAACUCCACAAAAUGUGGAACAAGUAGAGUUGGUAGAAGAGAUGCCUGGCCCUUUGGCAAAGAAAAGGAAGAAAAACGAAAGAGCAUGGAAGAAAACUGUUGCAAAAGUUGCUAGACACCGCCCGAAGGGAUUUCCACAGAUGCCUAGUUGUAAACAUUCGGCCAAAAGUAAGUACCGCUGCGCAGAACUUUCCCUGCAGGAUGUUAGAAAGAUACAUCAGCAAUACUAUAAAGACGCUGACCUUCAAUCAAAGAAGAAUUUUAUUCUUCAGCACGUCAUUGUUUCCUCAGCAAAAAGGACUCGUCUUCCAGAAGGUAUCAAAUCAAAAAGAAAUGUAAGUACUGACUUUUUCUUACCUAAAAUGAGGAACAACAAAACUGAGAAUGUUAAAGUAUGUCGGGCAGCACUACUUACAAUUUUGCAAGAGAGUAAAAACCGAGUGCAAUUGAUUUGCAAAAAGUACCUGGAAACAGGCGUCGUACCUUUGGAGACUCGUGGAGGAGCACGCCAAGUUGAUAAAUAUAAUAUAAAGAAAGACAGCAUCAAAUCUUUUAUUAAAACAUUUAUUCCAGUACAAAAACACUAUUGCAGAGCGAAAAACAAGCAUAGGCAAUACCUUCCAAGUGAGCUUAACAUUACAAAAAUGUGGAAAAUGUAUAUUGAGCAGCAUCCAACUGAAGAAUUAAAGUGUGAGUAUGACUUUUUCAGGCUGGUUUUUUCUGAGAACUUUAACAUUGGUUUUGACGCUCCGUACACUGAUAAGUGUUCAACCUGCACAAGGCUUGAGUGUGAACUAGCCACAGAAAAAGAUGCAGGCAAGCGUGAAACACUAAAGCUAAACCUAAAAGCCCACAAAA